UUUCUUUGUUGGGCGUCGGGCUAAAAAGGGCGAACAUUACCAUGUCUACACUCUGAGUUUAGCCUGGUAGCAGGCUAACUAGCGAUAGUAGUUUCAAACAAAGUGCUGAUGUUGUUAAAUCUGCAGGUAUUUGGUCAUAAACUGUUCGCACCGUUAGCGCCGUAGGCAUCAUUAGCAAUGUCAGCACCGUUACAAUUGUUAGCACCGUUACUGUCGUUAGCAACGUGAUCAUUGUCAGCACAGUUACAGUCGUUAGCACCGUUAGCACUGUCAACACCGUUACAGUUGUUACAGUUGUCAGCACCGUUAGCACGUCAGCACCGUUACUGUCGUUAGCACGGUUAGCACUGUCAGCAACACUAAUGUUGUCAGCAACGUUAGCAUCGUUAGAGCCCUCGAGGAGUCGACCCCCCUAACCCCCGGAGAGGCCCUCGCUCUGCACUCGGUAUUAUUUGGCACCUUUUUAAUCAAACUACUGGAGCACGAAACCGGAACCCCAAAGAAAAGAAAACAUCGAGUUUCAUCGAGAGAAACGCUGAAGAAGAAGAAAAGUGAUUUGUACGAGCGGCGGUUGCUAAAUGUUUGUGUUUGGGAUGAAACCGAUCUGAAAGUUUCUUCCUCUUAACGUGUUUCUGCGAUGUCUAAAGACUAUUUGUUUAACUCCUCACUUCCUUCCCAUCACACGAGUGACAGGGGUUGAUAUCAAGAGCGUCUCUUAUCCUUCAUGUCACUUCCUUUCGUGGAACCGUUUAAUGCGUUGGGUGUGAGACGUGGGUUCGUGGUCCCAGGUUCUGGUCUUGCAGGCACGCGACCGUUUUUUGUGUCAGCGCCGACUCAUUUGGUCCAUUUGAAACCUCCGUGGCAACGCAACGCACUUCACUUCCUGAAACCUGCAACUCAUCACACGUGGUGCUCGCUCCAAACCAUGAGGCACGCGCUUCAGCAUUGAAAUAAAAUACUUGGCCUCUCAAGUUUCUUGUGACUUGUUUUACUGAUUACAACUUUUGGUCUUGAUUUAACAUUUAAAAGUCACAGUUUGAUGUUAACGUUAUUUGACUUUGAGUCAUAUCAUCGACCACAGGUCUGGUCUGUAAUCAGGCCGCCUCCACAGAGGACUUCCUGUGAGAGCGAGAGCAGGCGAGCAGGGGAAGUUACCGAAACCUUACAGUCUUCACGGGAAGCUUCCACCUCUCCCAGAAUGCAACAGGAAGUCGCCAUAACCUAAAUCAGAUUGCGAGGCACUGCUGAUGCUGUGAACACCAAACUAACCUGGGAUGAGCCUCUUAACGGCUCUGACCCCCAACAAGGCAACCACAAUGUGCGAAUGAGCUCCUCUUCUCUUGCCACUCCUCAGAUGACAUCCGUCACACCCCCUUCCUCUCGUAGCUCCUCCCCCCAGAAGGUGUGCCACUCGCAGACGCAGACCGACGUCUUGAAGCCCUUGCUGGGCGGUGGGGGCGGAGCUCUGAGGAAGAGGAGGCGCGUCCUGUCCAAAGAUGGCCGCAGCAACGUGCGCGUGGAGCACGUCAGCGGGCGCGGCGCCCUGUACAUGCGUGACCUCUGGACCACGUUCCUGGACAUGCAGUGGCGCUACAAGUUCUUCCUGUUCACCGCCACGUUCGCGGGGACCUGGUUCCUAUUCGGGGUGCUGUGGUAUCUCAUGGCCCUGGUGCACGGAGACCUGCUUGAGUUUGACCCGCCCUCGAACCACACACCCUGUGUGAUGCAGAUGCAGACCCUGACGGGGGCUUUCCUCUUCUCCCUGGAGACCCAGACCACCAUCGGUUACGGUUUCCGCUGCAUCACCGAGGAAUGUCCGGCGGCCAUCGUUCUCCUCAUCGUCCAGCUCAUCAUCACCAUGCUGAUGGAGAUCUUCAUCACCGGUACCUUCCUCGCCAAGGUCGCUCGGCCGAAGAAGCGAGGCGAGACGGUGAAGUUCAGCCAGCAUGCCGUGGUGUCGACCCACGAGGGACGACCCUGCCUGAUGGUCCGGGUGGCCAACAUGCGCAAGAGUCUCCUGCUUGGGUGUCAGGUCAGUGGAAAACUGCUCCAGACAUCUCUGACCAAGGAAGGCGAGACGGUCCGUCUGGACCAGAGGAAUGUGCCGUUCCAAGUGGACAUGUCCAGCGACAGCCCCUUCCUCAUCCUGCCCCUCACCUUCUACCACAUCAUCGACGACGACAGCCCCCUGCGAGCCUGGGCAGCCAAGGGCGGGGGCUGGACCGAUCCAGAGUCGGCAGACUUCGAGCUGCUGGUGAUCAUGAGCGCCACGGUUGAGCCGACGUCUGCCACCUGUCAGGUCCGCACUUCCUACCUGCCGGACGAGAUCCUCUGGGGCUACGAGUUCCCCCCCGUGGUCUCCCUCUCCCCGUCGGGCAAAUACGUCGCGGACUUCACCUUCUUCGACAAAGUGGCCAAGACCAAGACCACGCCCGUCUUCAAACCGUCCGGCACCCCGCAGCAGGUGUACCAGAGCAACGGGGGCGGAGCCGUGUCGGAGGUCACCGAUCCGGAGAAGAUCCGCCUGGAGCAGAGCUACCGGGACAGGGGGAGCGGGGGAGGGGAGGAACGAGGCCGGGCGAGAGACGUUCGCAUCAGCAACGUGUGAACGGGGAGCGCUCUGGAGAGAGGAGGGUGAAGGCAACGGGAGGAAACAUCACAUCCAGCUCGGACACUUGACUUUUUAGGACCGAUUCGGACCUCUGGAAGAUAUCCAGGUAACACGAGACGACGCAUGAAGGAAACAUGGACGACUUCUGUUUGGUCAGCUGAACAUGUGUCACACGCCUGCUGGGUUGAUGCAUGCUUUACACUGGUUUGACCCUAUGAAGGCAUAACACACUGCCUGACUGCAGCUAUUACUUACAUGUGAGUGCACACACACACACACACACACACACACUUUUACAACUAAAAAAAUAACAGGUGGGAUUAUUUAUUCGCACAGUAAAAUAAACCAUAACAACCACGAAAACUAAAAUAAAAAGCUAAAGUAAACGUGAGCAGGGGCAGAGGACGGGAACCCCCGUUGUCUUGUUUGGGUUUUGAGGCUUUAUGUCAAAUCACAAGUAGAACAACUUGUGAGAGUCAAUAUGAGUGCCCCCCCCCCCUCAAUGUCAUAGACACAUGAGCAAAGGGGGCAAUUCAUGUUUAUACUCUUAAAAAAAAUAAAAACCUAAUGAGUGAUGCUAAGCCAGUUUCUACAGAAGUCACAACAUCCCCCUCACAACACUUUGGAUAUUUUUACAUUUCUUGAAGGUCUCGAGUUAAAGACUCAAAAAAGAGACAAUGAUGUGUAUUAAACACGCACCGUAAACGGUUAGGAAAAGCACUUUCUCUUCCACUGAUGUGGAAACUACAACUGAAUCAGAAGUUGAGAGCUGCUCCUCUACUGAGUCUUCUGAUGGAGAGAAGUUACUUAUUGUUCUGGUAUGUGUGUCUGUUAUGGACAGACAGUUAGCACUUUAUGUAAGUACAUGAUGUACACUUGCACCUUUUAUUUAGCUGCCUAACUUGGGACCUUACCAUAGGGUUAGGGUUAGGGUUAGGUUGUUUCUGCUUCUUCACACUACUAAAAGCACUUACACACGUUGAAUGUCAUGGAAUUAGCAUGAUAUAUAUCUUAUACUUCCCUCAAAGCGAAUUGUGUUUUCAGUUUCUCUUUCUCAGUGGCUUUAAACAAGCUAAACACGUUCUCGUAGAAGCUCUCCUUUCUGUGUGAAGCGGGGCUUCUGUCUCGUGGGGCACAGAGUAGAAUAAUCGUGCAAAUUAUGGUGAAAGCAUGACAUUUAGUGGAGUUGUUCUCCAGAGGUAUUUGGUCAAAUCUGCCCGAUUGGCCAUACACAAAUCCAAGAUGGCGGCUAUUUUUCAAGAUGGCCGCCAAUUAGUUCUCCAAAAAUUAGUUUUCUUCAUAAAACUGUUUGUAUUUCCCCGAUUUGAAUGAUCGUGGUCUCGAUUUUUAUGUUUCUAAGUAAUAUGGAGCUAAACAUGCUCAUUUAUUAGACUUGUGACCAAAAUGUUGCUACAUUUUCAAAAUUUUGAAAAAUGUUGAUGUUGAAAAAUUGAAUUCAGAUGUGAAGUUGAAGAAAUUGUUUGUUUUUUUAAUCAACAUUUUUCAAAAUUUUGAAAAUGUAGCAACACUUUGGUCACAAGUAUAAUAGAUGAGCAUGUUUAACUAAUUUUUGAAUACCCAAUUGGCGACCAUUUUGAAAAAUAGCCGCCAUUUUGGAUUUUUGAAUGGCCAAUCGGGCAGAUUUGACCAAACACCUCUGGAGAACAACAACAAAAUGCUUGUAUCUGCCCCACUCGUACGUCCGUAUGAUUAUGAAGUUACUAACAUUUAAUUAUUAACAACGAAUGUUUUUUGUUUUUUGUUACUGUCGAGGCGACGAGGACACGAGGGUGUGAAAGUAUUCUUGUAGGUCAUGGAUAACGAUUUUAUUCUGAUGGAAACAUGAGACAACGAUGAAUCAAGGAAGAGUCUGACGGAUCUAAACAUGUGGGAAAGUUGUUUCUAUUUGUAACUUGUUUUAAAAAAUGUAACAUCAAGCUCUGGAAUGGUGUUUAAAGUGCAGAUGGAGAUCCAAUGAGACAAAUCCCUCUCGUUUAAUAAAGCUGAUUUUGAGUUAUUACAAAGGCA